GAAGACGAGGACGGCUAUGGAUAUGAAGAAGACGAAGACUAUUAAAUAGUUAUACAUCAUCGGAAAAAUACAACACGAUGGGUUUGAAGAGGAAGCAGCUUCUACCUUCUACGGGGCAAUCUCUUGAGAAGAUUUCACGUCUUUUUGGAAUCAAUCUGUCAAGUUACUUGGGCAGAUCAUACAGUUUUACCCUUCUAGUGCUGUUUGUUUUUCUGAACCAUGUGACUUGGCGUGAAGUUUGCACCGAUUAUUGUGCGGAGCAUCUUAUCAGGAAGUUCAUGAUGAUUUUGCAGUAUAUGCUGUAUGUCCUCUUGGUGUUGACAAUGGUGGUCACAUCUCUAUUCCGUCCAAGGCAAUUCGCUUUUCCCCGCCAGGAGAUGCUUAUUAUAGACUCUAUACUCGAAUCGUACGGCGCGCAGUUCUCAGACAAGGAUAUCUUUAUCGCGAAGUACUUGCAGGAUGCUGUGAUAAUAAUAAUGUCGUUACUUGUAACGAUGAGGUUUUCUUACAACAUGAUCACGUAUAAUUCAAUCGCAUUAAUAUGGUUUUUUAUUCAUAGCUGGUAUACUAUAGUCUAUUUGUUAAUUAUGGACGGGUUGUUCUCUCACUACGUGAAUGACAUAUACCUGAGGUUUUACGAGUUGAACAAAAUUGCGAUACAACAUUCGAAAGAAAAAUUGUCGGUUUUUUACAUCGACUUUAAAGCAACAGAGGCGCACAACAAACACAACGGCCUUGUGAUUAGUAAGAUUCGUUCGAUUCAGCAUCUUCAUCACUCCUUGUCCGUUUUAGCAACGAAGGUAAAUGCAAAUUUCAGUUUGCAGCUUCUGAUAGCUUCUGCCAUUUCCUUAAACGCAAUAAUUCUUUACCUGCACGAUGUGUAUUAUAACAUGAAAACGGAGAGUGGUAAGAGCCACAUGAUUACCUUCGAAAUAAUCUUCGUAAUUUUCCAUGCUCUUCGAUCUCUGUACAUUAGCUACAUUUGUCAGCGAUCGAGAAACGAGUCUAGGCGAAUGGCAAAGAUUUUGCAUGAUGCUUUCCUGGAACAUAAGUCUUUGCGGUCCGAGGUGGUAUACUUUUCCCUUCAGAUGGUUCAUGAAAAUUUAGUGUUCACCGCUUGUGGGUUAUAUGAAAUAAAUAUUUCUCUUAUGUGUUCCAUUGCUGGAGCAGUAAUAACGUAUCUCGUCAUGGUUAUACAAUUAGACGCUUCUGCGAAAUUUACCGUCGCAAACACCACGCGGAGUUACGCCGAGAAUAAUUCUACAAGUAUUGAUAUUACUGAAUAAUUUCGAUAGGGUUAGUCUUAUGAUUUAUCAUAUCUAAUUGUGAGAAUCAUGGCGCACGAUCAAUAAAAUUUUCUAAUUUUUAGUGGACAAUUCCGUGAUAUGAUUUGUGUCUCCGCCGAUCAUACAAUAUGAUCGAUAUGGCAAUUUCCUGUAAUCUGGUGUACCUUCUGGAGGAAAUAAAAUUUGCAAGUCGUGUUUUUUUAUAU